GUGCAAUGUAAAGUUCGAAACACAACACCAUGGAUGUUGCCUCGAACGCGGUCUCGCUGAUUCAGUUCACCAUCAUUGGAUUGGCAUUCAUCCGCCAAACAUUCUCAUCUAUCAAAGAUGGGCCCCAAACAGUCUCGUACAUUGUCAAAAAUGUGCAGAAUUUAUUGCAUAUUUUGGAGCGACUCAGCAACAAUCCUGCGGUAAAGGAGAGCCAAGAUGUAGUAUUGAGCGACAUGUUGAAGUCAUGCCACGACGAUGUGACGAGGAUGGCCCAGGAACUAGACAAAUGCAACUUCAAGGCAACUGAUAAGAUGGAGCUAAAGCUGCGGAGGUCGGGAAAGUCUUUGUUCAAAGAGAAGGAAUGGACGGACUUCCAAGCGAGAUUGCAAGGGUACUCGAGCUCCCUGAGUACAAUCAUCACAAUAGAGCACAGCGAGAAACUGUUUGACAUGGAUCGCAAAAUGGAUGGUGGUCAAAAGCUGAUUCAGGAAGAACUCCUCCGCAUAUCAAACAAGUGUGACAGAAUUGAAAUCAAGUGCGAAAAAGUUGGAGUAGCGUCAAGGAACUCGCAACUGCAGUAUACUCCAGAUUCCUUGCCCAAUCCUCUUCAAGCUCUUGGUAUUGGAAUUGAGACUAGGGAGAACACCCCUCCAAUGGUUACGGAAAGGCGUCGCUGGACAUUCGAUGAAGUUAUGGCUAAUUCUCGCUGCCUCGAAGACUUCUUCUCCCGCGAUCGCAUUCUCUUAUCUGGUCAAAUUAUCAAGCCUCCCAGGGUGAACAAGCAGACUUUGGACCGCCUUCUCCGAUGGAGCCGAGCAAGUCCGUCUUCACAGACUCUGUGGAUUAAGGGCCCUUACACGGCGACUCGCGAUUCAGAAAACAAUAUGACGAGAAUUGGACUCAAGUUAGUGAAUCUUGCGUAUGAACAUCGUCCCAACUUUCCGAUGAUAUCAUUCUUCUGCCAGCUCAGCCCGGCAAAGAGCCUCAAACUGAAUGAGACAGCUGAGAUGGGAGCGCUGACCGCUGUCCUGUAUGCCCUCAUAAAGCAGAUUCUCGAGAUACUUUCACUACCACUUGUAGAGGACAUUGAUUUGACGAAAAGCCGAUUUCAGCGCCUCGAUGGAACAAAGAGGGCGUGCAAAGAUGCCCUCUUGAUCCUUGAGGAUUUAGUCAGCCACAUAACCCAGCCUGUGUUUUGCAUAUUGGAUGGGCUGCAAUGGCUGGAGCACACUAGUACGCGAAACAAUAUGCGGAAGCUGCUCGAAGUGCUCCGGCACAAUAAUCUACACGUCUUAUAUAUUACAACAGGAUCAGUGGCGAGUCUCAGGGAUACCAUCUCCAAGGAUGAGACUUUAGGGGAGCAGGAUCUUCGGGAUAGAGCCGUCAAAGAGGACCUUGGAAGACAGGGUCAGAAGUUCUGGACAUAAAUUUUCACUGACUUCCUUAACUUAUCAUGGAUUUCUUCGUAAUUGUAAUCACGUCACUGGAUGUUGAUUUAUGGAGUAAACCAAG